AUGGAUAGAAAUCCACCCGUUAGGGAAGCUGGCCGCGUCGGUAGCUUGUGUGAUCUGCCUGAUGGACUGCUCCACCACAUCCUUAGUUUUCUGCCAUUGAAGGAUGUCGUCAGAACGGGUGUCUUGUCGAAGAAGUGGAGGAAUUUGUGGGCUUUUGUUCCUAAUCUGGCGUUCGAUGAAUUGGAGUUCCCUCAUAGAAAGUGUUUCUUCCAGUUCGUAGAGAGGUGCUUGAUGUUUCGUGAUAUGUCAGCUGUAAAUUCUUUCUCUCUGUCGUGUUUUGUUCGUCAAGACGUGCCUUCCAUAUAUACUUGGAUAUGUUUUGCCAUCAAGCACAGUGUACAAAAGCUGCACCUUUGCCUUUAUGUGCGGACUCAGCCGGAUAUCCGCUUUCUGGUACCUUCACAAGUGUUUAGGAGCGAGACAUUGACGGAGUUGCAUCUCGAAAUUGAGAGUGCUAUUGUAAUUCCUUCUACCGCCUUGCUUCCGAAACUAAAGGUACUGUCUCUUGUGCGAGUUUCUUUCAAGGAUGAUCAAUGGAUUGGAAAGCUGCUUUCGUCGGUUCCUUGCCUUGAGGACUUGACGCUUCAGGAUAUCUUCUGCUGGCAUCUUAAAGAGAUUAACAUUUCUGCUCCGAAGCUUGCGCGAUUGUACAUAGUGCAGAAGGUGUUUCCUGCCAAUAUCAGGAGUAUAAAUGGAGCAUAA